AUCAUAACAAAGCUUCCCGCCCACCCGCGCCAAUCUGAACAGAAACAAGGAACGUUUCUUCUUUUUGCGGUUGCUUUGGUUUGCUUUUUAAACCGUAAGCCCCGCCCCUUCCCCCGUCGCCCGCUAGUGGCGCGCACGUGCAGCCCCGCUGGGCUUGCAAAUACGCGGCUCUCUAAAAGGCGUCGACGAGGGCGAGCGCUUGGCCUUUUUCUCUCUCUGGAGAAGAGAGCGGAGAGGGCGGUUUCUCUUACAGCGCUCGUUGGGCUUUAGGUAGUGUCAGGCUCUCCCUAGUCGUGUUGAGUCCUCCUCGUUGCUCAGUCGUGUGAGGCUUCCCAACACCGUGGGCGGCCAUGCCGAACCGGAAAGGCGCGCGCAAUGCUUAUUAUUUCUUCGUGUUGGAGAAGCUGCCGGCCUUGAAGCGGCGCGGCCUGCCUGUGACAGGCGUGGCCGACGCCAUCCCGCACUGCUCUGCGGACUGGGCGAUGCUGACUGAGGAACAAAAAGAAAAGUAUGUGGAAAUGGCUCGUCAGUGGAAAGCUAAGAAAUCAGAAGUGACAUUAAAGAAGUCACUGGGCCAGGUCGCGCCCCCUCCUCCCAUACAUACUCAGAAAGAUCCUGUUGCAAAUCUUGCCAGUCCCACUGGAGAGCAUGAUCAAGUUGUGCUUGAAACGACAUUCUACUUCCUGAAUAUUUUCAGCCAUGGAGUGCUGCCUCCUCACACCAAUCAGCGUUUUCUUCCUUGUGAAAUUGGCUGUGUCAAAUACUCACUUAAGGAUGGCAUCAUUGAAGACUUUCAUCAUUUUAUAGAUCCUGGAGAAGUGCCACGGGGCUUUCGAUUUCAUUGCCAGGCAGCAAGUGAUGCUUCACACCGGAUUCCCAUAUCAGGCUUUGAAUUUGCAACUACAGAGCAUUCUGUGUUGCAUGAUCUGUACAUGUUUAUUCAGCCACGCCGGAACAGCUGGCCACCUGUAUAUUGUAAGUCUGAUGACCAGUUUAGGGUCAAUUGGUGCCUGAAGCACAUGGCUAGGGAAGCAGGUAGAGUUAAUGAACUGGAACUUCUCAGUGUGGAAGACCUUGUAGUAGAGCUGUAUCAUCAGAAGUUUCAAAAGGAGCCUUCUAAGACUUGGGUAUGCAACACAUUGGAUGCCUCCAUGUGGGAUUACUCCAGCAAUACUCGGUGCAAGUGGCAUGAAGAAAAUGAUGUACUAUUCUGUGCUCUUGGUACUUGUAAGAAAAUUGCAUAUUGCAUCAGCAAUUCUUUAGCUAGCAUGUACGACAUUCCAUUAACUGCAUCACACUUACCACUGCGUGACAAGGAGUUCCAAAGCACAGUGAACCCUAAGACGAUUGUUUUGGAUGCUGGACGUUUCCAGAAAGUGAGAGCUGGUUGUGCUGGAAAUGAUAGGUACUUCAGAUCUUUUAAUCAGGAUCAAGAUGCCACAUCUUCUGGUGAUCAUCCUUCAGGAGUGAAGACAAUGUGUGAAGCAACCACUAGAUGUGGAAGAGGAAUUGCACGUUUUCUGGACAAUAUCUCCAAGCUAUCCAGCAGUUAAUUUGCAGUGUCUCCUAAAGCAUUUGUUUGUAUCUGUAUUUUCAAAGAUGGUGGGAAUCUCGUUCUGUUGUGUUAAAUGUUUUUGUUAUCCUUGAAGUGUAGUGAAGAGAAUUUCAAUAGAAAUGUUAAAUAGAAAUUGAAUAAAAUGAAACUUUCUGAA